AUGACUAAGCCCACUAAGACUCGGUCCGGCGGCCGCGACCCCAGCGGACGCCGCCUCCACAGGCCGACGGAGCUGCCGCCGCCGCCGCCGCCACCGGCGCCGCCGCCAGACGCUACUCUGACGACGGAAUGUAGCGGCUGCAGCAACUGGGAUACAUCGCCAUCGCUUGCCACGGAAGGUGAACCGAUUGCUGCUGGUAUUUCCGUUCACCGCACUGAAUCACGCUUUUCACGAGUGGAGGUGCCGCAGAUGUCUGUCAGAGUUUUCUUCAUACCUGGCUCCAUUACGAGGCGGCUGGCUUUUUACGGGAUACUGGGAGACGUAUAUAUUGGCUGGAGCAGCAAAACAUCGGAUCAUUUCGAGCAGUAAGUAGCCAAGGACGUGCUGAAAGGGAAAUACGGGCCGUAAGGAUUUCACGUAUUGAUCGUCCACAUUGAAGAACUGUUGGGAAGACACAAAUCCACAGUGAGUCAAGGAAGUUGGAAUCGACGGAGCAUCUGGAAACAACGAAGGUAUCCGGUGUGAAGUAGCAAGUCAGACACAGCUGCAAAAGCAGAUACCUGCAUUCAGCUGCCCCAUUCCAGCAACAGACCGUCAUUGGCUAAAACUUAACCAUCUGCUCCAUCCGACCGCCACUACGAAUACCAAGACGAUGAAUAUAUGUCAGCGCAUUACUAUAAAACUUGUAACCAAUGGCCUACUUGAAAAAUAAAUAGCUGAAUGUCAAACAGUACGUCAAUGUUUCAUAAUCUUACAUUCCAAAUGAAAUUAUGAACUGUAUAUCUCACACAGACUUUGUAGAGGUUCAGGUUCGUACUUAUGAAUUUAAAUCGAAUUGAUACUCUUCAAUUUCAUUCUUGAAUCUGCAGUUUUCGUGUCUGGCUGUACUUAAACCUGAACACAUAUCUGUACAUCAAUAAUUUUUUCACUUAAGUAUUCCAUUGAAUGUUUUCCUAAGAAUAUACCAAGUACUCUAUUCAUAAUACCAUUCACUUAAACUCGAGUAAUGUGUGUCAUGAAUUUGAGGGUCUCUUUUUUGCGAGUUUUCCAUGGAACCGUGCCUGAGUGGGGAGACAUGAAAAACACCUAUAACAUUCUGGCAUCAGUAACGACUAUCCAACUUCAUGACUAGCAAGCAGUCACUCAACAGACUGAUCUUGUAACGCUAUGUAAGCGUGAUGGUAAACUGUUUCCUGAAAACCUAAUGCGUUAUUCAUUGUUAAAUACGUUUAAAAAUCUUGCGAUAACCUAAAUCUCAAUUAUCAUAAUAAUGAAUAGAGUGCAUAACUUAGUCAAUAUGAUGCAUAACUGCAGUUUACCUAAUGACUUCGAAUGAAUCUUUAAUGGCAAAAAAGAAUGUAAUGGACUCUUGAAAUGAAGAAGGGACAUCGAUAUUAGACCAACUAAACUGCUCAGUACGUGUGCUAUCUUUAAGGCCCAAUAUUUAGCCGUUGGAGACGAAUUUAACGUAUUUUAUUCGACUAUAGAAACCUUACAUUUAUUAUGUUACUUUAAUGCGCUGUACGCUGUCGUGGUAAUCUUUGCUCUGUACAUUGAGUACUUAUGGAAUGUACAACUUUGAUCUUUACAAGAAGCCUCUGUUAUUUCUGGAAUUGUAUGCGAUGUUUUAUCACAUGAGUGAAAUAAUUCACUUGUGUUCUGCCACAGAUUUA